UUGAACACAUUACCCUAAGCAACGUCACGAGAAGCACGAGGCCACCACGCGCCCCCUCCCACUAUAGCAAUCUCAACCGUCCACGUGUCUCAUCCUCAACGGACUAAAUCCCUGGCGUUCUCAUAUUUUCAAUGCCACUCUCAUUUUCGUUCUUCAAUCACCACUUCUCUCAGUUUCCCUCAGCUUUCUCGUUUUACUAACAAUGCUGCUCAAGUCGUCUGCUUCGUUCUCUCUCUCCUCCUCCGCUUCGUUAAUUGGUGAUCGUAAGAACGCGUAUUCUUCAACUGUUCUACAAUUUCCAUGGAGGAAUGAGAAUGUUUUUGGCGGCAAGUUUGUGAUUAAGGCUUCCAAGGAGUCCCGUAAGGCAUCAACUUUAGGCGCUUGGUUCGAUCCAUUCGAGGAAGUGAAGAAGGAGCGUCUUGUCGUCCCGACUUGUCCUCAAGAUUCUCUCUCUCGUCUGAAGUUCUCCAGUCCAUGUGAAACAGCCAUCAAUGAACAGAUCAAUGUGGAAUACAAUGUCUCCUAUGCCUAUCAUACUCUGUAUGCCUAUUUUGAUAGAGAUAAUAUUGCUCUCAAGGGCCUUGCCAAAUUUUGCAAGGAAUCAAGUACAGAAGAAAGAGAGCAUGCUGAGAAACUGAUGGAAUACCAGAAUAAACGUGGAGGAAAAGUGAAGUUACGGGUCAUAGUGAGGCCACCGUCAGAAUUCGAUAAUGAUGAAAAGGGAGAUGCAUUGCAUGCAAUGGAGCUAGCAUUGGCUCUGGAAAAGUUAACUACUCAGAAACUUCUGGAUUUACACAAAGUUGCUGUUGAAAAUGAUGACCCUCAUUUGGUGGAUUUCAUCGAAAGUGAGUUCUUGACCGAGCAGGUGGAAUCUAUCAAGAAAGUAGCAGAAUAUGUUGCUCAGUUGAGAAGGUUGGGCAAAGGAUAUGGUAAUUUCUGGUUAACUUGGGCGUCCCAUUUCCUUUACCCUUCAUCUUUCAUCUAGCUCUAAUACAUGGCUGUCUUUCUUCCCUUCUGUUUUCUUUUUGAUCGACCCUAAAAGCAGUUCUAAUGAAUGAAUUUGCAGGAGUCUGGCACUUCGAUCAGAUGCUCCUCAAUCAUGGGGUUGCUGCAUGAUGAAGAAUCACAGCAUUAGGUCUGUCUUGGUUAGGGUUGAAAUGCAGGCUAAGCUGGAUUUGGUUAGGCCGUUUGUUUUGGAGUAGUUCUUAUGCGUGAUGAAGGAUUUGGUGGUUCUUUCUGGAAUGGGUUUUUCUUUUGCAUGAUGAAGAAUUACAAUACCUAUUCCCACUCUUUGUUGACGUUGAAACGCAGCCUUUUUCUUUGGUGGUUGUUCUGGGAUAAUUGUUUCCUUUCUACAAGGUUUCAUUGCUUUUACUGAAUUGGGUGGUGAUGACAUUUUUUAACUUGAAGAAAUUAUGGUAGUAUUUUCUUGUUAUGAUUUUAGGUUCGGUGCCAAGCAACUCUUCAAUCGAGGUAAAAUAGUUCUUACCAUUCAGCA